GUGUGUGUGUCAAGGAGUCAAGUAAGAUCAAAAGUGUGGAAGGUGGAGUUCGAGUGCCUCACGGCUUGCCAAAAUCGACCUUGCCCUCAGCCAUUGGUGGUCAAAAGGAUGAUUUACAUUUGUCCUCAUCAGUAGCGGGUCUAAGGGAAGCGCCCCGCCUCUGUCCACCGCAGCGGCUGGCGUGUAGGCACCGGCCACCGCUGCUUACGUCCGACUUGGCACGAGUGUUGGCCCAAAUGGUUGACGUUCCGUGCCCCCCUCGGCCCCCUCCCCCCCAGGUGAGCGGACCGGCGCUACCACCUGAGCUGGCACUCUGGUCCUAGCUCAGUCUGGUUCCCCCCGUGAGCGUAGCGCCAGGAGGAGCUGUGAAGGACCUGGUGGGUGUCGUGGCGCCGUGUGAUGGUGCAGUGAGUUCCGCCGCCAGCCAUGGGCAACAAGCAGGGCCAAGAGCUCUCGCCCGAGGAGAAGCAGAAACUAAAGGACGAGAAGGAGCGGGAGAAACGGUUUCUGAAGGAGGAGAAGGAGAAGAAAAAACGUGAAAAGAAGGACGAAAAACAGCGUAAAAAGAAGAAGAAAAAGAGGAAGGAGUACCAUGGAGGCAGUGCAUUUUCCGAGCGAGGCGACGACAGCGACGACGAGAGCCUCGAUAGCUCGGCCUGGUCAGAGAAGAGCGUGGGCUCGGCGCCGGGGUCAUGGUACCACUCGGCCUCGGAGCCCUCGUCCAAGCGAUCCUCCAUCUACCUUCCGGCCUCGGCGGGCCCGGGCUACUAUCAGCACGAGUGUUGGUACCAGGGCUACGAGGACAGCGGCUCCGAAAAGUCCAAGUCGCCGUCCCGAGCCCCCAGCGUGAAGGACACCCUCAACCUGCGGGCCGGCUCCCUGGAGCGGUACCCGCUGGGCCUUCCCAAGGCGGAGCCCAUCGAGCCCCUGCACAAGGCUGGGUCGCUAGAUCUCGCCGCUGCCGCCGCGCACCUCAAGAAGGAUCGGGCGAGGCGCGAGGGAUCCGCCGAGGAGACGUCCAUCAUUGCCUCGCGCUAUGAAGAAACGAUACGCAGCUCGCGAGACCAUCUAGAGAGGACGUCAGCCGAGCGUGUCGCCCUCGGCGAAAAGAUCCUGACGCGAGGACUCCCGACCGAGCGCGCCUCCCCGACGGACCAGGCGCUUGUAACGGACCGCGUCACCUUGCGGGACCGAGUCCUGCCGAGGGACCGUCCUCUCUUGAGGGACCACGCCCCCGUGACGGACAGGACGCCCUUGUCUGACCGAGAGUUUUCUGACGACCAGGGGCCUUCGGCGGGCCCUGUGCCCUUCCCCUUGGCGCAGCGGCCCCUCACCUCCCGCGCCGCGCUCACCUCCCCGAUGCACUAUCCGCUGGAGGAGGAGGCCGGCCGCGGGGAGAAGCGCAAAUUCCCCUUGCCCGCCCAUGGCCUCCUCUCGAGGGAAGAAGGCGCCGUGACCUCCGAGGCAAAGCGGCCGUCCCUGGACUACGCCUCCGACCACGCCUCCGUCACGGGCUCCGUCUACUACUCGGCGGACGAGGGCGCCUCCCUCACCGGCUCCGUCUACUACAGCGCCACCUCCGGCUCCGAGCUGGAGGACCACGGCGACGACGACGACUUCCUGGGCAAAGACCGCCCCAGCCCCCCCGGCCAGCCUGAAGCCAUAGACCGAGAGGGGAGUGUCCUGAGCCGCCUGGCCUACAUCAAGGUGGAAAAUGACGCCCUUCUACUACGCUGGGAUGCUCCUGUUACAGACGGCGGCUCUCCUAUCACCGGGUACAUCAUCGAGCGGUGUGAGGGCGAGGGCAGCGUGUGGGUGCGGGUCAACCUCGUGCCGAUCAAGGACACCGAGUACGCCGUGGCCAACAUGGUGGGCGGCAAGGAGUACCGCUUCAGAGUCACCGCCGAGAACGCCAUUGGCUGCUCGGAGCCGUCGCCGCCUUGUGAGCCGGUGAGCAUCUCCACGGACCAGGAGGCCACCGAGCCGCACUUCCUCAGGGAACUCCGGGACGCUGUGGCCGUGGAGGGACAGAAGGUGGAGUUUUCGUGCGACAUCAUCGGCACUCCGCGACCAGACAUCACAUGGUUCAAGGACGGCUUCGAGGUAUACGACACCCGGCGCUUUGGGUUCCUGGUGGAGGGCGACCGCUACACCCUCGUGCUGAAGGAGCCGCGACUCACCGACGAGGGCGACAUCAGAGUGCGCGCCACCAAUCGUGUGGGCGUCGCCUCCUCCCAGGCUACCCUCGCCGUGCAGGCCCCGCCCAAGAUCAAGCUGCCGGCCCAGUACGAGCAGGGACUCAUCUUCGACACAGACGAACUCAUCCGACUUCGAGUGCCUUACACGGGACGACCCCAACCCCAGGCCGCGUGGACGCACAACGGAAAGGAGGUGGAGGUGGGCGAGCGUCACACCAUGGAUGUGUCGGACAAGCAUGUUACGCUGAAGAUCGCGGGCGCCAGCAGGACGGACAAGGGCCUCUACACCCUCAAGCUGGCCAACCCACAGGGGAAGGAUGACGCCUCCUUCUUCGUCACCGUCACAGACCGACCUGACCCGCCCGGCGCCCCCACCAUCACCGACAUCUCCGGCACAUCCCUCACGCUGCGCUGGGACCCCCCGAGGGAUGACGGAGGCUGCAGGAUCUCAAACUACACCGUCGAGUACUUCAGGGUGGGGUGGGAUGUGUGGUUGAAGGCGGCCUCCUCCCGUAUCACAUGGACGCAGCUCACGGACCUCAUCGUGGGCUCUGAGUACCGCUUCCGCAUCAAGGCCGAGAAUGCCUAUGGUGUGUCGGAGCCCGGCGGCGACUCCCAGCAGGUCCUCAUCGAAGAAGCCAUAAGCACUGAAGGGUCAUUCGAAUGCGAGACACUCAAGGCCUCCUCCGCUGCUGCCUCGGUGUACAAGGAGAAGAUGACACUCCUGCAAGGUGAGAGCUUCUCCGGCUCCGGGGAGAGCUCUGCUGUCGGCUCCUUUGACGGCGGCGAGGGGCCGGUGAUGGGCCGGGCAAGGUUCUUGAGCCAGGGGACCUCGGACGAACAGGCGCCCUCUGUGACCAGCUCAGAAGAAUUUGAACGGCCCGCCUCCCACAGACACCCGCCCUCCUUCGAGCUUGAAGAUUCCCGUGGGCCGUCCCUCGAGGCUGGCUCGUCCGAGGAGAGAGGACGGUCCUUCGAAGCCUCCUCAGACGAGCGGGGAAGGUCCUUUGACAUUGACUCCUCAGUGGAGAGAGGACAGUCCUUCGAUAUUGGGUCCUCUGCUGAGAGAGGUCAGUCCUUUGAUAUCGGGUCCUCCGUGGAGAGGGGACACUCCUUCGAGGUCGGGUCUUCACUGGAGCGAGGACCUUCAUACGAAAUGCAGUCCUCACUGGACCGCGGCCCGUCUUUCGAAACCGAACUCUUACGAAAUAAGGCGGACACCUUCCAGUGGGGAGCCGCUGACGAGCCGUCGCUGAGCGAGUCCUUGGGCAAGGAAGUCUCCAUCGAGAUCACCGGCUCAGACGGCCUGCCCGUCGGCGCCUCCGUGGAGCGCGGCAGCUCCUACGAGGGCGAGCAUCUCCUGAGGACGGCGGAGUACCUGGGAGGACCUGCGGGAGGGUCCCUUGACCUGGGUAGCUCCGCCGGGGAGUCCAUGGACCUCGGAGGCUCCUUUGAAAGCAUGGAGCCUCCGGUGGCCCCGCCACGCUCGCCUCGCAGGGGCUCGCCGCGCUCCCCGUCCCUGCAGGCCUCGCCCGCCCCAGGCGAGCCUGUCUCCUUGCCUCCCCCAGCAGGAGUAGCAGGGGCACAGGACUCCGCCCCUGCUACCACCACCACCACCACCCCUGCCCCUGCUCCUGCCCCGCCCCCUAGGUCCCGUCCUUCAGAGCACCGCGCCUCCAUAGCCUCCGAGUCCUCCCUGCUGGCGGCACGGGAUGGCGCCCCUCCCCGCAUCACCCUGGGGGAGGAGGGAGACCAGGCACCCACCCCGCCACCCCGAGGUCGCCGGUCCGGGUCCAGAGCCUCCAUGGACACCGACUCCUCCCUCCUUGGUGACGCCCCGCCCUACCACGCACUGGGGGCUGAGGGCGGCUGCGAGCUGGCCCCCACGCCGCCCCCGCGAAGCCGACGAUCAGGAUCACGGGCGUCCAUUGCGUCAGAGCUGUCAGUGCCUGAGAUGGACGGCAGCGAACUGGCCCCCACCCCGCCCCCGAGGAGACGCCCCAGCUCUCGGUCUUCCAUCGCCUCGGAGUCCUCUGCAUUGGGCUGGAGCCCCACGCCCGCCCGGAGGAAGAAGCGACGCAAGACGGAGGAAGACGUCGAGAUGGCUGAGGGCGCGGAGUCUCCCAUCCCACCCCCGCGCAGCCACCGCCCAGGGUCCCGCGCCUCCCAGGUCUCCCAGGCGUCCACCGUGACCUCGGAGACCAUGUUCGAGCCGGAGCCCUUUGCCCGAGCCACCCCGCCUCCCUCCGACGUGACCGACAUCGCGAGCGCCCAGGCAGCCCCGCUUAGCACACCCUCGUCUGAACCUGCGGGCGCCUCGGUGACGCCGCGGAUGGAGGCGGUGACGGUGGCGACGGGCGGCGAGGCGGUGCUGGCCGUCACCCUCGACAACGUCCAGGCCGCCAAGAUUACGUGGCAGAAGGGAGGGCGCGCAUUGGAGGCGGGUCCACACUACUCCAGCACCCAGACGCCGCGCUCCGCCCAGCUGGUCAUUCACGAUGCCGCCGCGCAGGACUCUGGCACCUACACGGCCGUGGUCACCAAGCGAGAUGGCACGCAGGUCCGCGCCAAAGUGUCCCUCAAGGUGGAGAGCCCGGCUGCCACGAGCAAGGCCGAGGCGCCCACCUUUGUGAGGACCCUCAGCGACCAGGCAGCCAAGGUUGGGACUCGGGUCAGGUUCCUGGUGGAGCUUCGCCAGGCCCAUGACGUGAAGGUCGUCUGGUACCACAACAACAUAGAAGUGUCGCAGGACCCGCGCUACCGAAUCAUCCACGAGGGAAACUUCUUCUGCCUCGACAUCUCCCCGCUCAGUGUGUCCGAUGAAGGCCCCUGGAAGUGUGUGGCCGAGAACUCCUCCGGCCAGGCCUCCAGCUCCUCCUCCCUCAGAGUCAUAGUGCCCAAGGGAUACCGAGCGCCCGUGUUCCUGGAGGCACUUGAAGCCCUCCUAACGGCUGAGGGCACCGUGAGCCUCGAGUGCAAGGUUGUCGGAAUCCCAACACCCGUCCUUAAGUGGUUCAAGGAUGGCGUCGAGAUCAAAGCAGGGGACGUGUUCGCCCUCACUGCCAACGCCAACGACCCAACCUCCCUCGGCACCUACACUUGUGAGGCGUCCAACUGCAUGGGCCGCGCCGUGUCCUCCUCCAGGGUCAAGGUGGUGCCCAGGGACGCCUCGCUGCUGCCGCCCGAGAGGAAGGAGGCAAGGUCCCCGACACCCAUUGGUCCGCCGCCGGUGUUGCUGGACCGGAUGGUGGACCGCAAGGUUAAGGUCGGGGAGAAGGCAAGGUUCAGCGUCAAGGCUGAGACUCCGCCUGAGGUUCUGUCCGUGUCCUGGUACCACAACGGGCAGAAAAUCGAGCCAAAUGACCGGUAUCGACUCAGCGAUGAGGGCGGGGGGUGGCACAUCCUGGAGAUCAACCCGUCGGAGAUUGGCGACGACGGGGAGUGGAAGGCGGUGGUGAAGAACGAGGGCGGCUACACCACCUCCGUCGGCAACCUCACCCUCUCUGUCCCCAGAAACUACCGAGCUCCGAGGUUCCUGGACAACCUGCGUGCCUUGCUGACCGAGGAGGGGCUGGUGUCCUUUGAGUGUAAGGUCGUUGGCUACCCGACGCCCACCCUCCAGUGGUUCAAGGACGGCCAGGAGCUCAAGCCCGGGGACGUGUAUCAGCUCUCCGGCACAAACUCCCUCGGGAAGUACUCGUGCAUUGCCAGGAACUGCAUGGGGGAGGCACGGUCCUCGGCUGAGCUCACCCUCGAGGACAUCAAGGCUCACCUGAACGAGGAGGAGAAGGAGCAGCUGCUGGCCACCAACACUCCUCCCAGGUUCAUCCAGGGCCUAAGGAGCCGCGACGUCAAGAUUGGUGAUGCUCUCAGACUCACCGUGCAAGUGACGGUGAUGCCCUCCCCCUCCGUCACCUGGUACCACGAGGACGAGAUCAUUGGAGACUCACGCAAGUACCACACCAGCCAUCAGGAGCCCGGCAUCUUCCACCUCGACAUCGACCGCGUGGAGAUGGCAGACCAGGGUGAGUGGAAGUCUGUGGCCAGCAAUGAUUAUGGCCACAGCGUCACGGCCACCUCUGUCAAGCUGGUUAUCCCACGCCAUUAUAAGAAGCCCGUUUUCCUGGAGCCCCUGCAAGCUGUUCUUUCGCAGGAGGGAACCGUCAACUUGGAGUGCAAGGUCAUCGGUGUGCCGCAGCCAGUGCUCAAGUGGUACAAGGACGGGGUGGAGCUGCAGCCCGGCGACAUCCACCGCAUCAUCAGCGGCGAGGAUGGGACCUGCUGCCUCGGGACCUACACCUGUGAGGCCUACAACGUCAUGGGCUCGUCCUCCUCCUCGGCCUCCCUCCUCGGCUUUGAGGACAAAUUCUUGGAGAAGGAGCGAGCCAAGGGUGAGGCGACCGCCCUGGCCGACCUGCGUGGUAUCGCCAGGAACCCGUCCCUCUCCACCAUCAACGAGGAGCGCUCCUCGCAGAUCUCCAUGUACGAGUCCGCCAUGUCCGAGGCCUCGGGGCUGGACGACGAGAGAGCCGACGUGUCCGUCAGCAUCGACGGCAAGGAGAUCUCCCUCUCCCUCUAUGACACGCCGGACAUAUCCGAGGCCGAGGCCAAGCAGAUCGCUGAGAUAUACGCUGAAGAAAUCUCUGACCACAUCGCAGCCCACGAGAAGAACAUCCAGGCGGAGCUGCCUCCCCUGCGCUUCACCCGGGAGACCUCCUGCAAGGGCCCCCUGCUGAUGGAGGCCAUGGUGAUCGACGUGGAGAACGAGGCCUUCGAGGAGUACAUGAGCCUCACCGACGUGCCCUACGACGACGCCAGGACCGAGGCGGACGUGGAGGAGCUGUCACCCUUGGAGGCUCUGGUCGUCGAGGAAAGGGAAGCGCUGCGCUCCGAUAUCGCUGACCUCUCCGACAUGGAGUCGUGGGAGGAGGAAACCCUGACGGCACACACCGUGGACCCCGAGGGCCGGGCCGUGGCUCAGGUCAGCAGGCAGGACGUGCUGCAGCAUGACCUCCGAACCCUCAGCGAGCAGGGAAUGACAAUCCUGCAGGAGCGCGGGGAGGCGAGGCGCGUCCUGGCCCAGGGCGAGGCGGCGGUGGUGGAGGAGGCGCAGGUGAUGAGCGCUGCGGCCAAAACCUUCAGCGGGGACGAGGCUCAGGCCACCCGGGCCGAGGCUCAGGUGCUGCCGGGGCUGGCCGUGGCGCAGACAGGGGAGCAGGCCGUCUUGACGGACGUUCAACAAAUGCAAGGUGAGAGGAAGCAAGCCAAGCGGUCCAUUGAGGCGCGCGAGGCAGCGGUGACCCAGCAGCAGCAGGCGCUCUCUGAUGAAGGCACGCUGUCCGACGUGUCCAGCAUGAGCAGGCCCAGUGAGCAGCAGGCCGGCCUGGUGGUGCAGGAGGCCGUCAAGGUUGGCUCCCAGCAGCCAGUGGAGGAAGCCACAUCCUUGGAGUCUGAAGAGAGACCUUCCAAGAAAGCCAGGAAGGCCUCGGCCAAGAAGGUGCAGCAGGCCGUGGAGGCGGCCGUUGUUCAGGCCCAGGAGGUGUGUGAGGGUGAGGGGAAGGUUGCCUCUGCCCAGCAGGAGGCCCAGCAGGCACUUGUUGGCCAGGUCCCGGCAGCGGCCGUGGCCCAGCAGCAGGAGCAGCAGCUCCUCUCUGUGGCGGAGGACCUGUCCCCGCACCCCCGGCUGGAGGAGACGGAGGCUGACUUCAGUGACCUCCACUCCUUCCUGGAGCCCAUGCAGCUUGCCGAGCAGUACGGCUUUGAGUACGCCGAGGCCUUUGAGGCGCUCACCCCCGAGCAGCAGAUGGCUUUCCAAAUUGACCCAAGUUACCGAGAGGCUCUCAUCGUGGCAAUAAGGGAAGGCCACUCCCAGCUCGGGGAGUUGUCGCAGCAGAGCAUCCGGGAGGCCCAGGCGUACCCCCACCAGAUCCUGCACGAGGCCUUAGAGAGCUAUGAGCAGAUGGGGAUGUCCGGCGACUUCAGGGACAUCAGCGAAUACAUGCGGGCCAUGAGUGACCGGGCUCAGGUGCUCACGGAGGCGGCCAGGGAGGCCGUCAUGGUCCAGGAGGCCGAUGUUGACGACGCCAACCUCAAUGUGUUCAGCAAGGAAGACAUGGCGUCCAUGCUGACCACGGCCGAGGAGAAGAGCGGCUCACUGGCCGAGUACAUCGUGGUGCAGGAGGCGGAUCUGCAGGCCGAGGCAACCAUUGUGUCCCAGCGGCCUGCAGCCCACCCCGAGAAGGCUGUGGCGGGCAUCGUGGAGGGCGCCGCAGAGUCUGCCACCGUCGGAGAGCCUCCCGUGGUGGCUGAGAUGGGCAAGCCUGGGGAGAAGAAGGAGAAGAAGAGAUCCGCUGCUGAAUCUGCUGCUGGGGGUGAGGGGGAGGCAGCAGAAGCCUCCCAGCAGGCCACAGCAGCCGCCAAGAAGGCCAAGGUUGAGCAGGGUGUGGAGGCCAUGGACAUGGCCGGCCUCACCCCAGAACAGAUUGAGGCCAAGAAGAAGGAGCUGAAGGCAAAGAUAGAGAGUCUUCAGGCCAGGAAGGAAGGGGAGCUGUGCAAGACCCCGAGCACAGAGUCCCUCACCUCGGAGUCCCUGGAGACUGACGAGGCAAAGAAGAAGGAAACAAAAGAGGAGUCAAAGAAAAAGAAGAAGGAAGAAGAAGCCAAAGCCAAAGCAGCUAAGAAGAAGAGAAAGCUGAGUGGCGAGCAGGAAAAGAAAGACGAUCUGGACAAAAAGAAAAAGUCACCCGACUCCCCCGCCGCCGAAGGUGACGGCGAGGAGGCGGCCGAGAGCCUGUCCCAGGAGGAGGAGCAGCCCGAGGGGAAAGGGAAGAAGAAAAAGAAGAGCCUUGUGUCUGGAAUGAAGUCAGCAAUAGCAUCCAAAGUCUCUGAGGUAAAGUCAGCCAUCGUGUCCAUGGUGGGCAAGAAGCCAGAGACAGCGGAGACCUCCACCACGGGAGAGCCCGGCCCAGGCACCACGCAGCAGGGCCCGGAGGAGGCACCCGGCAGGGAGGAGGAGCCUUCCACCCAGGAGGCUCUGGUGGCCAAGAGGGAGGAAGUCCUGGCCAAGAAGAAGGAGCUGCAGGCCAAGCAGGAGGCGGCCCUGAGGGUGCGGGAGACCAGCGAGGAGCCGAGUGACCACACCAGUGAGACAACCUCUGAGGACAAGACGGAUGAAAAGGUUGGGCUGAAGCUUCAGGCUGAAGCCUCUGACUUAUAUGAAGAAUCUUCUAUUCAAAUGGAUGCCACAUUUUCACUUAAAAAGAAGAAACUGGGUGACAAAAAAGAUGAAGCUGAACAGCCCUCAGUAGAGGAGGAGGGAACAGUGACCCUGAAGAAGGGCAAAGGCUUUGGCAAGGAUGAAGCGUCCGCUGAGCUGUCCUUAGACUUACAGGCUGACAAGGCUGACGCAAAGAAGGCAAAGCCCAAGCCAGCUGGCGAGGGAGAGGAGCAGGAAGGCAAGCCAGCUGAGGCCAAGGCUCUGACAGAAGAGGACGUUGCUGCCAAGAAGAAGAAGGCCCUCUUGAAGGAGAAGGGAGAGGAAGUGGAGGGCGAGGAAGCCAAGGGACUUAAAGAGGAGGAAGUUGCUGCCAAGAAGAAGAAGGCCCUCUUGAAGGAGAAGGGAGAGGAAGUGGAGGGCGAGGAAGCCAAGGGGCUGAAGGAAGAAGAUGUUGCUGCCAAGAAGAAGAAGGCCCUCUUGAAGGACAAGGGAGAGGAAGUGGAGGGCGAGGAAGCCAAGGGACUUAAAGAGGAGGAAGUUGCUGCCAAGAAGAAGAAGGCCUUGAUGAAGGAGAAGGGAGAGGAAGUGGAGGGCGAGGAAGCCAAGGGGCUGAAGGAAGAAGAUGUUGCUGCCAAGAAGAAGAAGGCCCUCUUGAAGGAGAAGGGAGAGGAAGUGGAGGGCGAGGAAGCCAAGGGACUUAAAGAGGAGGAAGUUGCUGCCAAGAAGAAGAAGGCCUCGAUGAAAGAUGGCAGUACAGACGAGGUCUCUCCUGAUGCUAAAAAGCAGGUAAAGUCGGAGGAUAAAUCCAAGGGAGGUGCCCCAGAAGGUGGCGUGCAGCCCAGCCUGGUGGCGGAGGACUCCACAGUGGAGGGCGAAGCCACAGUGUCCCUGAAGAAACGCAAGGCAUAUGAGGAGGACGAAGCUUCAGCAGAUUUGUCUUUGGAUUUACAGGCAGACAAAGAUGAUGGCAAGAAAGCAAAGGCUAAGCCUGCCGUGGGUGAGGAGAAGGAAGGAAAAUUUUCCGAGGCCAAGGCUUCAACUGAAGAGGACGUUGCUGCCAAGAAGAAGAAGGCCUUGAUGAAGGAGAAGGGAGAGGAAGUGGAGGGCGAGGAAGCCAAGGGACUUAAAGAGGAGGAAGUUGCUGCCAAGAAGAAGAAGGCCUUGAUGAAGGAGAAGGGGGAGGAAGUGGAGGGCGAGGAAGCCAAGGGACUUAAAGAGGAGGAAGUUGCUGCCAAGAAGAAGAAGGCCCUCUUGAAGGACAAGGGAGAGGAAAUGGAGGCAAAGACAAAGCAGGAAGAGGUAAAGAAAGAAGAGGAAGGAAAACAAACAAAAGAGGAAGCGUUAAAGAAAAAAGAAGAAGCAGAGACCAAGCAGAAGAAAGAGGAAGAAAUGAAGAAGAAAGAGGAAGAAGCUAAGAAGAAAGUAGAUGAGACGAAGAAGAAAGAGGAAGAGAAGAAAAAAGAGGAAGAGUCCAAAAAGAAGAAAGAUGAAGAAGCAAAGAAGAAAGAGGAGGAGACGAAGAAGAAGAAAGAGGAAGAAGUAAAGAAGAAGAAAGAGGAAGAAGAAAAGAAGACAAAGGAAGAAGUAAAGAAGAAGGAAGAGGACAAGAAGAAGAAAGAGGAAGAAGAAAAGAAGACAAAGGAAGAAGUAAAGAAGAAGAAAGAAGAGGAAGAAAAGAAGAAGAAAGAAGAGGAAGAAGAAAAGAAGACAAAGGAAGAAGUAAAGAAGAAGAAAGAAGAGGAAGAAAAGAAGAAAAAAGAGGAAGAGGAAAAGAAGACAAAGGAAGAAGUAAAGAAGAAGAAAGAAGAGGAAGAAAAGAAGACAAAGGAAGAAGUAAAGAAGAAGGAAGAGGACAAGAAGAAGAAAGAGGAAGAAAAGAAGACAAAGGAAGAAGAAAAGAAGAAGAAAGAAGAGGAUGAAAAGAAGAAGAAAGAGGAAGAAGAAAAGAAGACAAAGGAAGAAGUAAAAAAGAAGGAAGAGGAAGAAAAGAAGAAGAAAGAGGAAGAGGAAAAGAAGACAAAGGAAGAAGUAAAGAAGAAAAAAGAAGAGGAAGAAAAGAAGAAGAAAGAGGAAGAAGAAAAGAAGACAAAGGAAGAAGUAAAGAAGAAAGAAGAGGAAGAAAAGAAGAAGAAAGAGGAAGAAGAAAAGAAGACAAAGGAAGAAGUAAAGAAGAAGAAAGAAGAGGAAGAAAAGAAGAAGAAAGAGGAAGAAGAAAAGAAGACAAAGGAAGAAGUAAAGAAGAAGAAAGAGGAAGAAAAGAAGAAGAAAGAGGAAGAAGAAAAGAAGACAAAGGAAGAAGUAAAGAAGAAGAAAGAAGAGGAAGAAAAGAAGAAGAAAGAGGAAGAAGAAAAGAAGACAAAGGAAGAAGUAAAGAAGAAGAAAGAAGAGGAAGAAAAGAAGAAGAAAGAGGAAGAAGAAAAGAAGACAAAGGAAGAAGUAAAGAAGAAGAAAGAAGAGGAAGAAAAGAAGAAGAAAGAGGGAGAAGAAAAGAAGAAGAAAGAGGAAGAAGAAAAGAAGACAAAGGAAGAAGUAAAGAAGAAGAAAGAAGAGGAAGAAAAGAAGAAGAAAGAGGAAGAAGAAAAGAAGAAGAAAGAGGAAGAGGAAAAGAAGACAAAGGAAGAAGUAAAGAAGAAGAAAGAAGAGGAAGAAAAGAAAACAAAGGAAGAAGUAAAGAAGAAGAAAGAGGAAGAAGAAAAGAAAAAGAAAGAGGAAGUAAAGAAGAAAGACGAAGAAAAGAAGAAGAAAGAAGAAGAAGAGAAGAAGAAGAAGGAAGAGGCAAAGAAGAAAGAGGAAGAAGAAAAGAAGAAAAAAGAAGAGGUGACCAAGAAGAAAGAGGAAGAAGAAAAGAAGAAGAAGGAAGAGGUAAAGAAGAAAGAGGAAGAAGAAAAGAAGAAAAAAGAAGAGGAGACCAAGAAGAAGAAAGAGGAAGAAGAAAAGAAGAAGAAGGAAGAGGUAAAGAAGAAAGAGGAGGAAGAAAAGAAGAAGAAAGAAGAGGAGACCAAGAAGAAGACAAAAGAGGAAGAAGAAAAGAAGAAGAAAGAAGAGGAAGCACAGAAGAAGAAGAAGGAGGAGGUAAAGAAGAAAGAAGAAGAAGAAAAGAAGAAGAAGGAAGAGGAGACCAAGAAGAAAGAAGAGACGAAGAAGAAGGAAGAAGAAAAGAAGAAGAAAGAGGAAGAAAAGAAGAAGAAAGAGGAAGAAGAAAAGAAGAAGAAAGAAGAAGAAACAAAGAAGAAAGAAGAGACGAAGAAGAAGAAAGAGGAAGAAGAAGCCAAGAAGAAGAAAGAGGAAGAAAAGGAGGCAAAGAAGAAGACAGAAAAAGCAAAAAGUCCCCAAGAAAAGAAGGAGAAGAAGGAGGAUGUAGAACAGGAAAAGGAAUCCAAAUCCAAGGAAAAGGAUGCCAAGUCUCCUGAACCCAAGGCAAGAAAGAGAUCCAGUAUUAAGGAAGCGGAAAUCAAGGCGGCUGAGAAGGCAAAAUCACCGGAGAGGAAACGAUCGUCUGUCAAGUGUGCAGCGGAGAAGGCCAAGUCCCCCGAACCGCCCCCACGUAGGAAGGCAAGUCAGGCUGAUAUCGAAGACUCCUUGAAGCGAACCAAGUCUCCUGAGGCCCCGAAGCGGAAGGCGAAGGAACAGGCUCAGGACGGGACUACCACGACCACACGAGCCGCGGAACUUCGCCAACAGGAGGAGAUACUGCGGAAGAAGGAGGUGAAGGAGGUGCCGAUGGAGGACGAGAGGGCAAGGAGACGAAGGGAAGAAGCGGAGAGAUUGAAGAAGGAGGAGGAGGAGUUAGCUGAGAGGAGGCGGAAGAGGAAGGAGGAGGACGAGAAACGGAAGAAGGAGGUGGCGGAGGCAGCGAUGACGGUGGAGGAGAAGAAAGCCGAGAGGAGGAGGAAGGAACAUGAGGAACAGAUGAAACAGUUGGAGGAGGAGGAGCAGAAGAGGCUGAAGGAGGAAGAUGAUAGGCAGAAGAAGCUUGAGAAGAGAAGACAAGAGCAGGAGAGACUUCUUCGGGAGGAGGAGGAGAGGAUCAUGCAGGAGGAAGCGGAGAGGAGAGAGAAGAGGAGGCAGCGGAAGAUGGAGGAAGAGCUGGCGUUUAAAGACAGGCAGGAUAGAUAUUCAAAGGACGAGGCGGAGAGGCAGGAGAGGAGGAGAAGACAAUGGGAGGAGGAGGAGAGAAGACUGAAGGAGAAGGAUAUAGAGAGGCAGAGAAAGAGGGAAAAGGACAAACAGGAACGACUGCAGCGACUCAAGAGAGAGGAGGAGGAGGAGGAGAGGCGUCUGGAGGAGGAGGAGGAGAUGAGGAGGGAGAGGAGGAGGAGGAGGGAGGAAUACGAUAGGCUCAUGGCGGAAGAGGAAAGAAGAAGGGAAACGGAGGCGAGGCAGCGGAUCGAGAUGGAGAAGAAGAAGCUGGAGGAGGAAUUAAGAGGUCGAGAGGAGAUGAAGAGGAGGAGGGAGGACGAGAUCAGGAAGCAGGGAGAGGAGUUCCUUAGAAGGGAGGAGGAGAGGCGGCAGAAGCAUCUGGAGGAGCGGCGGCGCUGGCAGGAGGAGGAGCAGCAGCUGGAGGAUGAGCUGAGUGGGCGGCGGUGGCAGGAACGCUCACACCCCAAGAUUAAGUACUCGGACCGGGAGCUUCUGACGGUGGACAGAUACAGCUCACUGGAGAGGCUGGAGAGGCGGCCACUCACCCCUGAUGGUGAAUCGCUGCGCCGUGACCCCAAGCGACGUCCUAAAUUCAGCACGAAGCUUCAGGACAGACAGGCGGUGAAGGGCAGCCGUGUUCGUCUCACCUGCAACAUCCUGUACCCUAUGGACGAGGUGGCUCCGGACGUCGAGUGGUUCAAGGGAGCCUAUCCGGUGCGGGAGGAUGACCGGGUCAGGGUCAUCAACAACGAGGGCGUGGCAUGCCUGGAGCUGAGCCACAUCACACGCAGCGACUCCGCCGAGUACACCUGCACCGCCCGGAACCGCCAUGGCCGUGUCUCCACCACUUGUGACCUGCGGGUGAAGGGCGAGGAGGACCAGAAGCCCACGCCACCCACCUUCACCACCAGCCUCAGAGAGCGCUACGAGAGUGAGGAUGACCAGCUGGUGUUGUCCUGCCACGUGAUGGGCCACCCGCAGCCCAAGAUCACCUGGCUCAAGGACGCAGACAAGCUCCCCGCCUCGCCGCGCUUCCAGACGUCCAUCACCGAGGAGGGCAUCUGCAAGUUGAUCAUCAGCUCACCGCGCUCGGGAGACUCCGGCGCGUACACCUGCCACGCCGAGAACAGGGUCUACCGUGACGAGAUCUCCGGCACAGUGCAGGUCCAGGCCCUGCUCGAGAAACAGCGCAAGCACGAUGGCCGCCCGGAUGACAGUGAGUCCCCGCGCUUCAUCAGUGAGUUGUGUGACCAGUUUGUGGAGGAGAACGGCACUCUGACGCUGCAGGUCGAGGUCGCAGGCUCACCCACCCCCGAGGUGCUUUGGCUCUUCAACGGGCGUUCGCUGCAUCCCUCGGGCAAGUUCCGCAUCUCGGCCAUGGGCGGCACACACACCCUCACCGUCUUCCAGGUCACCGGCAAGGACCUCGGCUGUUACUCCUGUAGGAUAACAAACAAGUAUGGCAGCACGUACACCGUGAGCACCGUUGGCUUCGGGAGCCCCAAGGCGCUGCGUGCUGGGCCCACGGACAAGGUGGACAGGAAGUUGCAAGCGCCCACCUUCACCUCGCGGCCGGAAAGCAUGAUCACGGUGCUACGGGACGAGGAGAUCCACCUCACCUGUGCCGUCCAGGGAGAACCUACGCCCAGGGUCUCGUGGUUGAAGGGCACCCAGGAUGUCGCCAACACCGGCCGCGCCCACAAGACCGUCCGGGACAACCAGCACUCUGUCGUCAUCCGCAACGCUCAGAUCACUGACUCCGGCACCUACACCGUCGAGGCCAAGAACAUCAGCGGCUCGGUGAGGGCCUACUGCAGCAUCAAGGUUCGAGAAAACUUCCGCACCCGAAGUUAUUCUCCUCGAGGCCGAGAUGAAAAGUUCCCUGCGAUUGAGGAGCAGCAGCGACUCACCACUGGCAGGUUCAUCAGAGACGUCCCCGGCAAGUGUGGCACCCCGAAGGCCCGAGACGUGGGCAAGAACUGGGUGUCACUGCAUUGGAAGAAGCCGGAGCACAUGGGCAGUGUGGUGGUGACGGCCUACAAGGUGGAGGGCUGGAUCCUGGGGGAGGAGGCGCGCUGGCAGGAGUACGGUGUGUCUCCCAUCCCAUCCUUCGACGUGUACAGCCUCAAGACAGACCGCGAGUAUCUGUUCCGCGUCACCCCGAGGAACAAGUAUGGGUGGGGCGAGGCAGCCAUGACCCCACAGCCCAUCAGGGUGGGCCGCCGCGUGGAGCCCCCGAGCCUGCCCCACGGCCUGCCGCACCAUGUGAGGGCCAUGCCGGGCAGCUCCAUCUGUAUCGACGCCCAGGUGACGGGUGAGCCAGUGCCUGACAUCCGCUGGUACAAGGAUGGGACGUACGUUGACAUCCAGCGUUACCCUCGCUUCUCAUCCUUCUCGACGGAGAGCUCGGUUCACAACGUCUUUGGUCUGGUGAUCAAGGUCAGCCUCAGGAUUGACGAGGUGCAGUGGGAGGAUGAGGGCAAGUAUGAGCUGGAGGCGGUAAACCCCGGCGGCCGCGUAACCUCCUUCACCAGACUCACGCCGACACAUGACUGCUCCGUCCUCGAGGCACAGGAGCGCAUCAACAGCAACCUCUUGGCUCUGUCCCGGCUGGAUAGCGCCCCCAGCAUGGCUCCGCAGUUCACCAUGCGUCUCAGGGACCGCCGUGUGCAAGUGGGCUUCCCUGUGCGCCUGACCUGCCAGAUUGUCGGCAUCCCGCGCCCUCAGGUCACCUGGUUCAAGAAUGACGACCUUGUGACUAUUGAUGAGGGACACAUCAUCUGGCAGGAGGAUGGCAACUUCCACACCCUCGAGAUCAACAGCGCCUCACACUCCGACGCAGCCAUCUACUCCGCAUGCGCCGUCAACCUCCACGGCUCCGUCCUCUGCUGCUGCCGGCUUAUCGUGGACACUGGCCUGAGGUCGUACAUCUCGCCCAUGUUCCUGAAGGAGCUUGAGGACCAGAGUGUGAAGGAGGAUGACACGCUUAUCCUGCAGACCAUUAUCGAGGCAUACCCAACCAUUGGCGUUGUCUGGCACCGGGAUGGCCAGCGUAUCCGGCCAUCCCGCAAGCACUCCUUCUCGCUCGACCCCGACGGCAUCGCGACCCUUGAGAUUCGAAGCUCCGACUACACCGACGGCGGUAUCUACACAUGUACCGCCAAGAACGAGAUGGGGCAUAUAGAAUCCAUGUGCAGGGUCUCGGUGUCCUGUGUUGAUUCUGACCUCUCCUCUAGACGUCGUAUGGCCGUGCGCCACAGCAAGGCCCCUAUGUUCGUGAGGAAGCCCCGAGCUCUCGACGCGGCGGAGGGCGAGCUGGUGGUCAUCGAGUGUGAGGUGGCCGGUGAGCCCAAACCACACGUGUUCUGGCAGCGCGACUGGACUAAGGUAAGGAGAGAGAGAGGUUGUUCUGUUUGGGUCUGGUUAGGUUAGGGAGAGAUGGUUUUG